CUCUCUUUAGCAACGGUACAAUUUCGAGAAAUAACGGGCGAUAGGAAGUUAUACGUUACUUAGAAUAGCAAGAAAACUGUAAUUAAAUAAAAAUGUUUAAUAUUUAAUAUAAAACAAAUAUUUUUUCCUCUUUUUUGUGCAAUAAAAUUUCAAAUAAAUUUGAUUGAUUGAUUGCAACAAAAAUGAAUUCAUUUUUGGAAGACUCUACGGAACGUAUUAGUCGUUUAAGCAACGAAAGUCGUCAUGAUACGCUGAUCAAUGAAAAGAAAUGGGAAUGGGGUUUUCUAAGGAAUCAAUGUCGCAAUUUAGAAUUGGAACAAUUCUAUCAAUCAUAUAUGCAACGUUUGCGUGUCAGUUAUUUAUCGUUAUUUAUCAUUAUCGAGAUGUUAGUGGUGGGUGUGCACUCAAUUAUAUUGCUAUCAACGAUAACGAAUUUAAAUAAUGUUGCCCCCGAUAUAUUUGCCUAUGUCACCUCAUCCCUAUUAGUGUGGGCAAUAUUAGCGCUUAAUUUUCGUGUAGAACUUAUAAAACGUUAUCCGUGGAUAAUGUAUGUUACCUCCUGGUUAGCGGUUACCAUAUUGGCCAUGACCGAUAUUGGUGUAUCCGUUUAUCAUGCAGUCAUAAAUUUAGAUAUAUUACGACCGGCCUAUGGUUCCUAUAUAUUAUAUGCUGUCUAUAUAUUUAUGCCUUUGCCCGAUAAUGUGCAUGCCUUUAUGUUGGGUAUGGCGGUGACAGUUUCGUAUUUAAUAGAUUAUGCUUUCGUAACGUAUCGUAAGCUACCGGAUGGCACGAAAACUUUGGAUGUUAAUAAACUAAUAACCGAGGGCAUAUUUCUAUUAAGUAUUAAUUUUUUGGGUAUUUAUUUUCGCAUGAUGAAAGAGAUAGCGAUACGUACAACAUUUUUGGAUCGUCGUAAGUAUGUGGAGGAAAAUCUAUUGUUGCGUUAUGCCCGGGAAGAGGAGCGAAGUUUAUUAUUAAGCAUUAUACCGGCCCAUAUUGUUAAUAAAAUAGAACAUGAUGUUAAAUCACGUUUGGAAUAUAAAAAGGCCAAGAGACGUGCUUCACAAAAUCCACACUAUGGAGCUGAAAAUGAAAUUAAAAUAUCCAGAUGGCGUCAACCGGAAAUCGAAAAACUUUUUAUUGAACCUCAUGAUGAUGUUACCAUUCUGUAUGCCGAUGUAGUUAAUUAUACUUAUUUAACUACUACUUUGGAUGUCAAGACCCUGGUGGAAACUUUACAUGAUUUAUUUGUGAAAUUCGAUACGGCUUCAGAGGAAUACAAUGUAUUGCGUAUAAAAUUUUUGGGUGAUUGCUAUUACUGUGUGGCCGGAGUUUCGGUACCAAAUGAAUAUCAUGCCAAAUGUUGUGUUGAUCUUGGACUACGUAUGAUCAAGGAUAUUCGUGAUGUAAGAACACGACGCAGACUUAACAUUGAUAUGCGUAUUGGUGUGCAUACGGGAAGUAUUUUAUCGGGAGUUUUGGGGGCCUGUAAACUACAAUAUGAUAUUUGGUCUAAAGAUGUUGAUAUAGCCAAUCGUUUGGAACAGACGGGCAUGGCUGGUCGAGUACAUGUUAGUGAAGAGACUUUAAAACAAUUGGAGGGUGAAUAUAUGUAUGAGGAGGGCACACCACAAGCUAGAACAGAUCCGGUUUUAAAGAAUUUCGGUAUACGUACGUUCUUGAUCAAGCCGCCUAGGUACGCUUCCUAUAACGAACAAAGACGUCCCUAUGCGGGUGUUAAACGUCAAAUCGAACAACGCUCUAGAGUCGAUACCUCAACGAACUUUAUGCAAAAUAAUAUACAACAAUUUAAUCAGAUACGUACUCAAGCUAAAUUGGAAAUGAGUCGAGAAUUAGAUAAAAUGCCUAUAGGAAGAAUACAAAUAACUAAAUUUUGCUUUGAUCGCUCAAAACGUUUGACACAAGACGAAAUGGAAGAGCAAAACUUUCGACGUAACAUAACCUCAAUGUGUUUAUUCUUUAAAGAUUGGCGUUGGGAAAUGCAAUUUUUGCGAGAACCCGAUGAUAUGUUAAAAUACAGUGUCAUUAUGGGAGUAAUUAUAUUUUUUGGCAUAAUGGCCAUACAAUCGAUAAAUAAAGUACAAUCUACAAAUUUUUGGGCUUCCAAUGCUACUUACAUUGUAUUAAUGGUCAUUUGUAUAUUUUUGACUUGGUUUAAAAAACUUUGGAUAAUGUUUUUUGCUGAGACCACACAAUCGGAACCGAAAAAUAAAUUUAUAUUAUUUCUCUUUGAUGCCUCCAAGCAUAUACAGAGCAGUAUAACGGCUCGUAUAACCAUAUAUCUGUUAAUAAUCAUCAUACACUGUUCGGCCACGUUUAUACAAUUGUUAGAUUGUAAAAACUGGCCCAUAUAUUCCGAUGAUGAUUGGGACAAAAACUCAAAUUUACAAUAUUUCUCUAAUGGCAGAGAAUGUGAAGUUGGUUUUAAUCCUUGGGGCAUUACCGAAAGUUUAGAACUGACAAUUUGUAUGGUUUUUCUCUUCUCUCGCAUACCCUUUGUGGUAAAACUUACUGUGGGUAUUUUAAUUUCGGGUAUUUAUGCCAUUAUUAUAUUUGUUAGCUAUUCGCCAAUUUAUGAGGCUAGUCCUUCGACAAAUGUUGCCUUGCAGCCAGAAUAUUCUCAUCUUAUGGUUAUAGUUAUAACAUUGGUCAUUUUUCAUUUAAUGGAUCGUCAGACGGAGUUUAUAUCGAAGGUGGAUUACAACUGGAAGCGUCAAUUGCAAAGAAAGCAAGAAGAUGCUGAAGUUACAAAUGCCUCUAUAACGGUAUUAAUUAAAAACAUCUUACCAUCUCAUGUGGGUGAGUAGGUUUAAAGGAAAUCGGAGAACAUAAGAGAGAAUAUUA